UUUGUUGUUCUGUCGUUUCAGAAGGGACGGAUUUACAUUUAGAGGUCUGGAAGUUACGUACUGUGCCGUACCUUGAAACUCCAAGCUAUCAUCAUAUAUUCUAUUAGAACACAAUUUUUUAGAAAUUAAAUCGCUGUCGCAGUAGUAUAAUUGAAGAUGGCACCUCCGGCAAUUGAUGAGAAGCUAAAAAGUCCUACUGGAGACGAACAACAAAUGGAUAUGUUUGACAGUGUCGAGGAAGCACUCGGUGAAGAAGUUAUGAAAAUGAGCAAUGAGGAAAUUGCAAGUCGAACGAAACUUCUUGAUAAUGAAAUUAAGAUUAUGCGAAGUGAGACGAUGAGAAUAUCACAUGAAUUGCAAGCUAUGAAAGACAAAAUAAAGGAAAAUGCUGAAAAAAUUAAAGUUAACAAAACACUGCCAUAUCUUGUCUCAAAUGUCAUUGAGCUUCUUGAUGUUGAUCCUCAAGAGCAAGCGGAAGAGGACGGAGCAAAUGUUGAUUUAGAUUCUCAGCGCAAGGGGAAAUGUGCAGUGAUUAAAACAUCAACUAGACAAGUAUGCCAUCUGAUUUUAUAUAUAUAG